UUUCAAUAUCAAUCAUACCCCGCGAUCGUUAACAACUCACUCACCGGGCUCGGUACAGUACAUACCGCAGCUCCAGAACACAACCUCCCCCCAGCAAUCCGCCUCGGCUGUCUUCACAGGUCCCCACUACUGCCUGGCACGAACCAAACGACAAUGGCCGGACCUCCUCUCGUCAACUUUGGCGAAGAGCUUAAGGACUCCUUCAAACCCGUCAACACCUGGGUCGCUAACGGCAUCGCAUGGCUGGAGGACAUACAGGCCUUCUACCGUGAGCGCGCCGUCAUCGAGAAGGAGUACGCCGCCAAGAUCAAUGCGCUAUCGAAACGUUUUUACGAUAAGAAGUCGAAGAAGAGCGCGUCCUUGACCGUCGGUGAUACGCCCGCGUUGACUCCAGGGUCGCUGGAGAGUGCUUCGUUGACGACUUGGACUACGAUCCUUACAACCACCGAGGCUUUGGCGACAGAGCAUGAUACGUUCUCGACUGCGCUGAAUACGCAGGUUGCAGACACGUUGAAAGCUAUCGCGACGCGGUAUGAGGACUAUAGGAAGCGGUACGAGUCAUUGUCGCAGAAGCUAUUGGCCGAACGGGAUUCCGUCUACGGCGAUCUGAAGAAAGCGAAGAACGGUUACGAUGUGGAGUGCAAGGACGUGGAGGAGAAGCGACAGAAGGUCGACAAGAGCUACGACUCGAGUAAGGCGAAAGCGCAACGGUCAUACCAGACCGAGCUCGUCGAGAUGAGCAACGUCAAGAAUACAUAUCUCCUCCAGGUCGAGGUCGCAAACCGACACAAGCAGCGUUUCUACCAUGAAGACUUGCCCGAAAUCAUCAACUCGCUUCAAGACCUCAACGAGACACGAGUUGCGAAACUCAAUUCCCUUUGGACACUGAGCAGCAACCUCGAGACGACUUGUCAUCAGAACUCGAUUACCUACCUCACUACCCAAGCCUCGGAGAUUGCGCGCAAUCUUCCAGUACUUGACUCUGGCAUGUUCUUGAAGCAUAACAUCGCCGGAUGGAUGGAGCCAACGGACUUUGUAUUCGAGGCCAGCCCCAUCUGGCAUGACAAUCCCGACAUGGUAGUUGACGACGCUGCUCAGGUUUACCUCCGGAAUAUGUUGCAAAAAAGCCGGAAGGGAAUGGAGGGCCUGAAGACGGAGGUCAAUAAACGCAGCAAGGAAAUUGAGAAACUUUCCGGUCAGUGGGACGCCGUCAAGAUGGACGAGAGUCAAGCGCAAAAGGAAGUUGAUGUUGUUCGCGGACUGCUUUACUCGCGAGAAGAGAUUUUACCUCAUGCGUCUAAGCUCCUUACUUGCCAGGUUGAAAUUGAUAUCAUUGUCAAUACCGUCGGAGAUGUCGCCCGCGGCAUCCAGUCCCAUACGUUCAAAGCCACGACUUUCAAGAUUCCUACCAAUUGCGAUCUCUGCGGCGAACGAAUCUGGGGACUUACCUCCAAGGGCGCGACAUGUACUGACUGUGGCUAUUCUUGCCACUCGAAGUGUGAAAUGAAAGUGCCGGCAGCCUGUCCCGGUGUUCUGGACAAGGCGGCCAAGAAGGCGCUGCGAGGAGAGAAGAAGGCAGCAUCAUCAGCCAUGAAAAACGGCGGAGGAAGCGAAACUGAUCUGUCCGGUAGCGGCAGUCUAACGAGAUCCAACACGGUUGCCUCCGUGAGCUCGAAUUUGACGGUAGCAGGAAAUCGACUGGGAACCAAGUCGGGGAGAAGUCCCUCGAUUUCCGCUGCCUCCAUGGUAUCUGUCGCUUCUACCUCCUCCUCUCCCCCCGAUACCGCCCCUGCCGUCCCACGUAUGGCCGCGCCCAUCAUGGCACCACCCCCAGCCCGCCGAGUUCUCGCUCCUCCGCCGGACCGGUACGUCGCCCCGCCUCCCGCAGAACUCGACGCAGAUGAUUCACCUCCCGUCACACCUACAAGCUCCAUACACACCGGCGAAGCACACGAUACGGGGAAAAUGUUGUACACCUUCGCAGCCGACGGCGAGAACGAGCUGCGCGUAUCCGAAGGUGUCAUUGUCACCAUCCUCGAAGACGACGGCAGCUGGAUGACAGUCCGUCGUCCAGACGGCAGUGAAGGCCUCGUUCCAACCUCAUACGUCGAGAAGAUCAUCGUGGCCCCUCCUACACCAAAGGUUGGAAAGCGUGGUCCGCCACCACCAGUCAGACCUCGCGGCGUGAAGAAGGAAAAGAAGGUCCGCGCACUGUUUGAAUACUCGCCCAGGGGAGAGGAUGAGGUCGCUAUGCACGUGGGCGAGGAGUUUAUUGUGCUUGAAAGGGAUGUCGGAGGCUGGGUUAAGGUUAAAUGCCCUGAUGGAGAGGGGUUGGUGCCCGGAACGUAUGUUGAAGACGUGUAAAUUGAUUGUGGACUCUUUGUAUUGCUUGGUUUUGUUAGGGUGUUCCGUUGCUGCGAUGCGUAUUUGGUUUGUAGGCUACCCGGUACGAAACGUGAUCUUCAUUACAGUAGAGGCUUUGCGUCGAGACGCAAAAAACAGGCUGUGCACGAGCUAUCGUGGCGUCCUUCUUCGACAUCAAAGAGAAUUGGAGUACCGUUAUGCUCAGGUUGUUCAUAGGAUAUUGCUUGG